AUGGGUUCGUCAUCGAUUGUCAUAUUACGGCUUAUCUCCUUGUUGCUGAUUCUUUCCAGUUGUUAUUGUUUGGAAUGGGAUAUAUCGAAUUAUCCGAAUCCAACUUCCGGCGACUUCAAACGAUGUCAUAUGCGAACAACAUCGAAUGUAUGUGAUCCAGAUGAAGUAUUGACCGAAGCGCAACGGUAUCGAUUGAAUCAUGAAUUACAUCAGCUGGAAAGUCGAACUCGACAGGAUCAUGCUUCCGAUUUUUGUCAGAAAAAAGGAAUUACGGCAGCGUUGGCUAUUGCCAGACAUAUUCGUGGUAAUUCUGAGACUGUCAAAGAAAUGGCAAAUCAAAUUCUUCAUAAGUGGACAUUAGAUAAUCAGUGUCAGAAAUCAGUGGUUUUCUUGGUUGCAGUCGAUGAUAAUCGGUUCUGGACAGCGCGUGAUGCGCGGGUUCCUGUAUAUGCGCAAGAAUUUACUCAAAUAUUCAAUUCCGAAAAGCAAUUUUUUCAACAAGGAGAUUAUUUUCAAGCGUUGAACAAUAUAAUACGGCAAACAUGGGAAAAAGCUAUAUCAAAGCAAGGAGUAGCGGAACUACCAAGUGAUGGUAAAGGUGGUGCUGGUGAGGGGGGUGGUUUUGGUCCACGUGCUUCUCCACCACCUCGUGUUGUUGUCCCAAGACCGGGUGACAGAAGGCGCGGAAGUCUUCUCCCCCAAAUACCAUUUUGGUUUUGGCUUAUAUUCUUCCUCGUCAUUAUACCUCUUCUUUGUUGUUGUUGUUGUUUGUGCUAUUGUUGUUGUUGUCGUCGUAAAGGUAAUGGUGCCAGCAACAAUCCACGAAGACAAAGACCUACCGACAUUGAGGGUGGUGGUAGGGUACCAGUGGUUGGUGGUGGUGGUGGUAGGAUGCCAAUGGGUGGUGGUAGUGGUGCAAGAGGUGCAGGUUUCAACAAUUUCUUGGGUAGUCUUGGAGGUGUGGGUCUGGGUCAUUUAGUCGGUCAACUGUUAGGUGGUGUUAAUAGACGUCGUAAUUUUCCUGCCAGACCAGGUUACCAAGGUGGUGGUGCUUAUCCUGCAGCACCAUACCAACCUAGUAUAGGUUACGGAGGUGGCACCCGUGGUACUGGUACGAGUGGCAAAGGACUUUACCCAUCAGUUGCUGUAAUUGAUGAAGGUGGUGGAGGAGGAUGGUAA